AUGAGCACUGCCGCGCCCCCCACCUCGGCGACCGAGUCGGUUCUCGUCGCCUCGGGCCCCAUGCCCGAGGGAGCACAGGAAGUGCGUGGAGUAGACUUUGAUAAAUUCCAGGGCCGAGAUAUCACGGUCGCCGAGAUGGUCGAGAAUAUGACUCACAUGGGCUUCCAAGGCAGUGCGGUCGCUGAGGCUGCCCGUAUCAUCAACGAGAUGCGAGCAUUCCGCCAUCCCGAAACCGGCGAAAAGACCACCAUUUUCCUCGGCUACACCUCCAACCUCAUUUCCUCCGGUCUCCGAGACACCCUCCGGUACCUCGUCAAACAUAAGCACGUGUCGGCCAUCGUGACGACGGCCGGUGGUGUGGAAGAAGAUCUGAUCAAAUGCCUGGCUCCGACGUACAUGGGCUCGUUCAGCACCCCGGGUGCCGGUCUCCGCGCCAAGGGACUGAACCGCAUUGGCAACUUGCUGGUCCCGAAUAACAACUACUGUGCCUUUGAGGACUGGGUGGUCCCUAUCCUUGACCGGAUGCUGGAAGAACAAGAGGCUGCUAAGCUGAAGGCUCGGGGCACGGGUGACGAGGAGGACGAACUUCACUGGACUCCCAGCCGCAUCACUGAGCGGUUGGGCCGGGAGAUCAAUAACGAGGACUCGGUGCUCUACUGGGCUGCUCGCAACAACAUCCCCGUCUUCUGCCCCGCCUUGACGGAUGGCUCUCUGGGAGAUAUGCUCUACUUCCAUACCUUCAAGUCCUCACCACAACGGUUGCGUGUGGACAUUGUAGACGAUGUCCGCCGCAUCAACACCAUGGCCGUCCGGGCCGCCCGUGCCGGCAUGAUCAUUCUCGGUGGCGGGGUGGUCAAGCACCAUAUUGCCAAUGCUUGUUUAAUGCGCAACGGGGCCGAGCAUGCCGUCUACGUGAACACGGCGCAGGAGUUUGAUGGCAGCGAUGCCGGCGCUCGUCCCGACGAAGCCGUCAGCUGGGGCAAGAUCAAAGCCGAUGCCAAAGCCGUCAAGGUCUAUGCGGAAGCGACCGUGGCAUUCCCCCUCAUCGUCGCUGCUUCAUUUGCGAGGGCGGAACCCCCCUCACAGACUCCCUCGCAGAACUAA